UUCACGACGCGUCUCCCCUCUUCUCUCUCUCUCUCACGCCUCCGCUUCUCUCCCCCCGCGCCGCCGCUGCCGCCGCAAGCCGCAAGCCGCAGCCGGCCACCACCGGUGAGGGCAGCCAUGUCUGACUCCAAGGCCGCCACGGCGGUGACCCUCCGCACCCGCAAGUUCAUGACCAACCGCCUCCUCUCCCGCAAGCAGUUCGUGCUCGAGGUCAUCCACCCGGGCCGCCCCAACGUCUCCAAGGCGGAGCUGAAGGAGAGGCUGGCGAAGCUGUACGAGGUGAAGGACCCCAACUGCAUCUUCGUCUUCAAGUUCCGCACCCACUUCGGAGGCGGCAAGUCCACCGGCUUCGGCCUCAUCUACGACAACCUCGAGGCCGCCAAGAAGUACGAGCCCAAGUACAGACUCAUCAGGAAUGGUCUUGCUACUAAGGUGGAGAAGUCACGCAAGCAGAUGAAGGAACGGAAGAACAGGGCAAAGAAAAUCCGUGGUGUGAAGAAGACAAAGGCUGGAGAUGCUGGGAAGAAGAAAUAAGAGAUGAUACUCACAUUGCUGUCUUCAUGUGUUCAUUAUCAAACCAUGCUUUGUUUAGAGCUGUCUCCUUGUGGCAAUAUUGCGGAACGGUUAAUUAUAACUAGGGAAAAAAUUGCCACAUGUGUUCUUAGUAUGCUGAGGCGUUUGUAGUAUCUUGUUCUUGGAUUUUGAGUUUUGAGGGAAUUUGUCGGACUCUAGCAUAUAUAGUACUUAAAUCACCGCGCAUGUUCUUAUGUCUUAUAAA